AUGACCAGAACCGUAUCAUCGGAGAGACAACCGCCGCGAUCGUCGCCGUCGAUUUCGAGGUCGAUUACGCAAACACUUAACGGCUCGCACAAGUUUCUGAUCCAAGGCUAUUCGCUUGCGAAGGGAAUGGGAGUGGGAAAACACAUUGCAAGCGAUGUGUUCACCGUCGGAGGGUAUCAGUGGGCGAUCUACUUCUAUCCUGACGGCAAGAAUCCGGAGGAUGGUUCCAAUUAUGUUUCCGUUUUCAUCGCGUUGGCUAGUGAAGGAACCGAUGUAAGAGCACUUUUUGAACUCACGCUUGUUGAUCAGAGUGGACUGGGGAAACACAAAGUUCAUAGCCAUUUUGAUCGAUCUCUUGAGAGUGGUCCGUAUACUCUCAAGUAUAAGGGUAGCAUGUGGGGGUACAAGCGAUUUUUCAGACGGAAUUCGCUUGAAAGCUCUGAUUUCCUCAAGAAUGACUGCUUAAAAAUCAACUGUACUGUUGGAGUUGUAGUUUCUGCUACUGAUUGUCCUCUUCUUAACUCUAUUCACGUCCCAGAAUCUGACAUUGGAUCACACUUUGGCACACUACUGGAGAAUAUGGAAGGUUCAGAUGUUACUUUUGAUGUGGCUGGGGAGAAGUUUCCUGGUCAUAAGAUUGUGUUGGCUGCUAGAUCCCCAGAAUUUCGAUCCAAGUUUUUAAAUGGUAUGGAUGUGGAUACGGACAACCAGGAGAUUGUUGUAACAGAUUUAGAACCAAAGGUUUUUAAGGCAAUGCUGCAUUUUAUCUACAGGGAUACCCUUACAGAAGAGGCGGAUGUGGUUCCAUCAACAUCAUCUAGUGAUUUUCCGGUUUGUGAGACAUUGAUAGCAAAAUUGUUAGCUGCAGCAGACAAGUAUGGUUUGGACAGGCUUAAACUGAUGUGCGAGUCUCGUCUUUGCAACGGCAUUGAUGUGAACUCUGUAGCCAGAAUUUUAGCGUUGGCUGACCAAUGCCAUGCCGCAGAGUUAAAAGCUGUUUGCCUAAAAUUUGCUGCUCAAAACCUAGCAGCUAUCAUGAGGACGGAUGGAUUUGAGUCUAUGAAAGAGAAAUGUCCAUGGCUACAGUCAGAGAUCUUGAAGACAAUUGCUGGCUGUGAGGGUGAUACUUGCAGUACAGGGGGAAAAUCUCAGAGUGUGUGGGCCCAACUUUCAGAUGGUGGCGAAACAAAUGGCAGGAGAGUUAGACAGAGACAUUGA